AUGGCGCGCGCAGACAUUUCAUUCCAAACCGCUGACCAUGUCACUCUACGAGGAUGGUUCUAUCGCCCGGUAUCAGCCUCGACUGCGCUGCCCUGCCUCGUGCUGUGCCAUGGCUUCAGCGCCCUCAAGGAGAUGGAUCUGGACAAAUUUGCCGAAUACUUCACUUCGAAGCUGCCCCUGAACUGUCUAGUCUAUGACAACCGUGGCUUUGGAGACAGCGACACCAAGGAGGGCCAGCCACGGCAGGAGAUCAUUCCCGCGCAGCAGACCAGUGAUCUCUCGGACGCCAUCACCUACGCACAGUCGCGCAGCGAUGUCGAUGCUGACAAGAUCGGUAUCUGGGGAUCCUCAUACUCGGGCGGCCAUGUCCUAUGGACUGGAGCAGUCGACCGUCGAGUCAAGGCUGUUCUUUCUCAGGUGCCAUGCGUGAAUGGAUACGAUAACUUCCACCGUCUUGUGCGGGCGGACUUUGUCGCUGGCAUGAACAAAGCGUUUCAAGAAGAUCGCUUGGCUAGGGCUGAGGGCAAACCAGCGGCCAUGGUUGCCGUUGUUGAUGCAGACCCUCUGAAACCUUCAGCUCUUCCAAGCCCUGAUAGUUGGGCUUUUUUCAGCGACUGGGAGAAAAAGUCGAAUUGGAAGAAUAGUGUAACACUCAAAAGUAUUGAAUGCUUACGCGAAUACGAUGCAUCGGCGCAUAUCCAUCGGAUAUCACCCACUCCCCUACUUAUGACGGUUGUAGAAAAUGAUGUUGCGACUCCUACAGACUUGGCGUUGGAAGCAUAUUCCAAAGCUCGAGAGCCGAAGAGACUACAGAUAUUACCCGGUGGGCAUUUUGAAGCAUACUCAGGACCUAAUUUUGAACGCAAUGUGUCGUUUCAGGCGCAGUUCUUGAAGGACUACCUGUUAUAA